CAAUCGAGAGGCCUCCAUCUACGCGAAUAUAUAUACAUGUACAUUACUCUCAUUCUUGACAUAGCAUUUCCCAGUACACACAACGAUGAUGGACCAAACUCCUACUACUACCAGUGCCUCGACUCCAACUUUACUUCCUCGUGUCACCAUCCGCUUUUGUACGCAGUGCAAGUGGAUGCUUAGGGCAGCAUAUUACGCCCAAGAACUCCUCUCAACCUUUUCCACCUCUCUCGGCGAGGUCGCUCUCCAGCCCUCAACAGGCGGCACUUUUAUCGUCGACAUCACUUACGCCGCUGCCGCUGCUGCUACCACCGCCACCACCACUUUGGACAGCCAAGCUUUCACCACUCCCGAAAUACAGCAAAAGACAAUCUGGGAUCGCAAAACAGACGGCGGCUUCCCCGAAACCAAGGAGCUCAAGAGGAGGGUGAGAGACGUGAUUCAACCGGAGAGAAAUCUGGGGCAUGUUGAUCGGGAUUAUUCCAAGAAGCAACAACAGCAGCAGCAGCAGCAGCAGCAGCAGCAGCAGCAGCCGGCUACGGAAGCUACUACUAUGGAAGCUACAAGAACCAAGUCUACGGAGGCUGCUGCCCCCCAGCAGCAAAGUACCUCUAACAAGACAGAGUGUGCCGAUUGCGAUAACUGGAUGACUGAGGAAACUUACAAGGGAGGGGAUUUUGAAGGAGGGCAUGCUGGUGGGAGUGGGAGGCAAAGCGGAGAGCAGAGUAAGACGACGGGGGAAGGAACUGGAACUGAUACGAGGGGAGGUAGCGGAGAAAAGAAGACGGCUGAUUAUAGCUGGAUGGCUGAGGAGACUUAUAAGGACUUGGAGGGUGGA